AUGGCUGGCUCUCCAGCGCCUCAAGGCGCUUUGCGCCAACGGAUUGUGGCUUCCACUCCCAAAAAGACAAAAGAGUCAAAAGAUGGUGCUGCCUCGGACGCCGAGCUGGACAAACUCGUGAAAGAAGCUGCAGCAGCUAAGGCUCCUGCUGGCUCGGAGCGCGACUACAAGAUUGCCUUCGCUAUCAUCACUGCCCUGGCCUUCCUCACCCGCUUCUGGGGCAUCAGCCAUCCCGAUCAGGUCGUCUUCGACGAGGUCCACUUCGGCAAGUUCGCCUCAUACUACCUCCAGAGGACAUACUUCUUUGAUGUGCACCCCCCGCUCGGCAAGCUGCUGUUCGCCUUUAUGGGCUGGCUGGUUGGAUAUGAUGGUCACUUCCACUUUGAUAACAUCGGCGAUCCUUAUGUCAUCAAUAAGGUGCCCUAUGUCGCCUUCCGCGCCCUGCCUGCGAUUCUCGGUUCCCUGACAGUCUCGGUCGUCUUCUUGAUCAUGUGGGAGUCUGGGUACAGCCUGCCGGCUUGUAUUCUGGCCUCUGGCCUGGUUCUGCUGGACAAUGCCCACAUCGGUCAGACCCGGCUGAUCCUACUUGACGCUACCCUCGUCUUCGCCAUGGCGUGCAGCUUGCUCUGCUACAUCAAGUUCUACAAGCUGCGCCACGAGCCCUUCUCGAGGAAGUGGUGGAAGUGGCUGAUCCUGACUGGCUUCGCCCUCUCCUGCGACAUCUCCACCAAGUAUGUUGGUCUGUUCGCCUUCAUCACCAUCGGCUCGGCGGUUUGCAUUGAUCUCUGGGACCUCCUGAACAUCAACCGCCCCAAGGGUGCUCUCACUCUUCCCCAGUUCGGCAAGCACUUUGCUGCUCGCGCGUUCGGCCUGAUCUUCAUGCCAUUCAUGUUCUACCUCUUCUGGUUCCAGGUUCACUUCUCCAUCCUGACCCGCUCCGGUCCCGGCGAUGACUUCAUGACCCCUGAGUUCCAGGAGACCCUCAGCGACAACAUCAUGCUUGCCAACGCUGUCACUAUCGACUACUGGGACACCAUCACCAUCAAGCACAAGGAAACUAAGGCCUACCUGCACAGCCAUCCCGACCGCUAUCCUCUUCGUUAUGAUGACGGCCGUGUCUCUAGCCAGGGCCAGCAGGUCACCGGCUACCCCUUCAACGACACCAACAACUGGUGGCAGAUUCUCCCUGCUGGUCCCUUUGAGGAGCCCAAGCUCGGCCGCCACGUCAAGCAUCGCGAUCUCGUCCGUCUGCGCCACGUCGGCACUGAUACCUACCUUCUGUCUCACGACGUCGCGUCGCCCUACUACCCCACCAACCAGGAGUUCACCACCGUCUCCUUCAACGAGGCCUACGGCGACCGCGCGGCCGACACUCUCUUCGAGGUCCGCAUCGAGCACGGCAAGCCCGGUCAGGAAUUCAAGAGCAUUUCCAGCCACUUUAAGCUGAUCCACAACCCCAGCAAAGUCGCCAUGUGGACACAUCCGACGCCCCUUCCCGACUGGGGCCACCGCCAGCAAGAGAUCAAUGGCAACAAGCAGAUCGCUCCAAGCUCGAAUGUCUGGUUGGUCGAAGACAUUGUGUCACUUCCCGCAGACCACAAGCGUCGUGAGAAGCCCGAGCGCAAGGUCAAGACGCUGCCUUUCCUGAGGAAGUGGUUCGAGUUGCAGCGGUCUAUGUUUUGGCAUAAUAACCAGCUGACGGCGAGCCAUCCGUAUGCUUCGUUGCCGUACCAGUGGCCUUUCUUGCUUAGAGGUGUGAGCUUCUGGACGAAUAGUGAGACGAGGCAGCAGAUCUACUUCCUAGGCAACCCGGUAGGUUGGUGGAUUGCCAGCAGUGUGCUGGCCAUUUAUGUGGGGAUCGUGCUGGCCGAUCAAUUCUCGCUAAGGAGAGGCAUUGACGCUUUGGAUCAUCGCACCCGCUCUCGCCUCUACAACUCCACCGGCUUCUUCUUCCUUGCAUGGGCGACUCACUACUUCCCCUUCUUCGUCAUGGGCCGUCAGCUCUUCUUGCACCACUACCUGCCCGCCCAUCUCGCCUCAACCCUCGUCACCGGCGCCUUGGUCGAGUUCAUCUUCAGCCCCGAGGCUCCCGAGCACGAGAUUGCUGCUCAGCAGGCCAAGUCCUCUUCCUCUGGCAAGAGGGGUGGCGUGGCCAUGAAGAGACACAUCACUGCGCGCGAGCGGUUUGCGGGCCAAAGCUUGAUGGGCUCGUGGAUUGCCACGGCGGUGAUCCUCGCCUUAGUGGCCUGGAGCUGGUGGUUCUUCCUGCCGCUGACGUACGGGUAUCCGGGCAUGUCGGUGCAGCAGGUGCUGAGGAGGAAAUGGUUGGGGUAUGACUUGCAUUUUGCGAAGUAA